AUGAGUUCUGACUAUGCAAAGCCAUAUUCGGACUUUAUUGGAGCAUUUGAAAAGCUUUUUCGUAUAAAAUCCAAUGAAUCUGUUGAAGACAUGUGCAAUAUCAUCACUAAUGUUUUGAUUUCAAAAUAUCAAAUUACCAAAAGCCAACUCACAGAUAUCAUUUUAAAAGCUAUUGAAUAUAACUAUGCUUCAGGAGAAAAUUAUAUAAAAAUUCUCAACAAUAUUGGCUUUGAAAAUAAGAAUCUUCCAGAAUUAACAUCCCCAUUGGAGAGUUCAGUCGAAUAUAUUGUUAUGCAUGAUCAAAUUGAUAAAUUUAAGGAAUAUAUUUCACAAAGAGAACUUAAAAAUGAUAUAUUUUUAGAAAUUCCUCAAUUUCAUAAAGAGUCUCCACUUUGUUUAUCAUUAAUUGAAACAUGCGCAUAUUUUGGAUCUGUUAACAUUUUCUUUUUCUUAAUUUCAAACCAAAAGUAUACGAUAUCAGAAAAAUGUCUUCGAUGCUCAUUAAUUGGUAGAAAUGCUGACAUUAUCAACGAAUGUUUAAAGGAAAAUAUGAUAAACAAAGAUUGUCUCAAAGACAUUGUAUGUUCACAUAACAACGAAAUGCUUGAAUAUGUUUUAGAAAGAAAUAUUUUUACAUAUAAAGAUUUCGAUGAAAAAAACUCCCAUAAAACAGCUAUUUACGAAGAUAUUAUCAAAUACCAAAACCUGAAAGCUGUAUUUCUUCUUUUCGAAAGAGAGAAAAAUUUCAUAGUUCCAUGGUGUGCUGCAUUUCCUCAAACAAUAGAUAUUCUCAAAAAUGAAAAACUUCCUGAUAAAAUUGAUUUUAAGAAAAGAAAUAUUCUUCAAUAUGCAUGCAUGUCACAAAAUUCCGAUAUCUUCAAACUUUUAUUUAACUCAACUGAUAAAAUUGAUGUAAAUUAUCAUGAUUUAAAUAAAAAGACUGCUCUUCAUUAUGCCGCAAUGUAUAAUAAUAUAGAAGCAGCAAGAAUUCUUAUUUCUCAUAGUGCUGAUGUCAACGCUAAAAAUAUUCAAAUUCAUUUCAUAUCAAUCAUUAUUAUAUGA